GUUCUAAUUGAUUUAUAAUUUUUUUAAAACUGAAAUAAUGGAAUUCUAUUGCAUGAAAUUAUUUUUAAUUACUUGUAUUAUUACAAUAUUAUUACCAGCACCAUUGAAUGCUGUACGCAAAAAAAUUAACUUCAGAAAACUAUCAUUAACUGGAUCUCAAAGCUCAACCUCAAACAAUUCUCCCCCCAAUUCACCAUCAACAUCAACUUACACCCAGCUGCCAUCCCCCGACCCGCAAUCUGUAAAUUUAAAUCCCUUAUCUAUAAAUCCGCGACCAAGAUCUCCAAUCCCCCAACCACCCCACCAGCAAACCCCUCAACCGUCACCUGUUUCACCAACCGACCCUUUUCCAAAAUUACGUAGCCAACAUCCAUCACCCAAUCGCCCCGUAGAAUCUCAUCAUAGCCCCUCUCAUGAUGACUUUCCCGCCCUGCGCACCAGCAACAGUCUCAAAAAUUUCCCAUUUCCAUCGCCAAGUUCAUCACCCAAAAUAUCUCAUGAUAAAGAAUUUCCAGCAUUGAAUCCUCAACAAAGUUCCAACCAUUAUCCAGUAGAACGCUCCAGUAGUCUGACCCUAAAACCAACAUCAGUAGCAAAUCAUCCAACUUGGGCACGUGGUGGCAGCGUAGAUUCACAUAAAAGUCAUCGACCCAAUAGCCUAGUCCUCAAAAAUUUGCCUCAGACUCCUGGUAGUUCAUCAUCAUCACUAAACAGCCCUUCAGUUUACGGAAGAGGUCUGAGUACAUCCAGUGGUUCAUCAACGUCACUAAAUACUGGAGCAAGUAGUCCAGGUACCAGAAACCGACCCGGAAUAUUCAGCAAACAGACCCAUAGAGAAGAACCGGUUGCUGUCAGUGAUAAGACUUGCAAAGAUGACAAUUCCCCAGCUGACCAAUGCUUCAAUUAUUUUGUCCUCAGUAUUUUUUGGCCACCGGCUCUAGGGUUCGAAUAUAUUUCUAAAAGUAAACCAGUUAAUGACAACAUUAAUUUGCUUACAUGGUCAAUCCAUGGCCUGUGGCCGGCAACUUACGGCGGGACCACACCAGAAAAUUGCAAAAAACGGAGCUCUGUUAGCUUUAGUCAGCACAGAUUCAACAGUGAGAAGGGAUUGAGGGCCAGUUUGGAAAAUAAGUGGUUCAAUUUAUGCCCUUAUAAGGCUCGCGGGUCAUCAUUGGUCAGUUUUUGGGACCGAGAGUUCUCAAAACAUGGAAUGUGUGCCACUCGCUCGCCUUUUAUUGCUUCAGAUGUUGGUUACUUCAAAAUGGCGGUCAGUUUAUUUGACCGAGUUAAUGUCGCCGGUAUACUUUCGGCGGGAGAUUUCAAACUUGGGGAUAAGAAAAACUAUGGCGAUAUUGUUGAGAUGAUUAAUAAUGCGGUCGGAUCAAGAACUAAAGUCGAUUUUGUUCAGGAUAAGACAAGAGACGAAGCCUACUUGAAAGAAAUAAAAGUAUGUUACAAUUUAAUGCUGCGGCCAAUCAAUUGUCCUGGAACGAAACUUAUGACUGAAGAAGUCAGAAACAGAGAAAUUACUUAUCUAGGUUAUGUACCUCAGGCGCAAUAAAUUUUUUGUUGUCAAAUAAAAUCACCGACACAUGAACGUGUAAAAAAAAAUCUGUAAGAUGACUAAGUAUUUCAUUGAUGUGUAAAAUGAU